GUUGCUGUCGCGGCCCAAGCAGUCCCAAGACUCCGCAGUUCUGCUCCAAGGACCCGCAAGGAGCGCAGGACCGCGCCAGGACCUGGAGCAGCGGAAAGGCCUGGCCGAGCGAGUAACUUACACGUGCGCUGGCGAACAGGGCCAGAUAACAUGUUAGCUGUGCACUUUGACAAGCCAGGAGGGCCAGAAAACCUCUACGUGAAGGAGGUGGACAAGCCGAGCCCAGGAGAGGGUGAAGUCCUCCUGAAGGUGGCGGCCAGCGCCCUGAACAGGGCGGACUUACUCCAGAGACAAGGCCAGUAUGACCCACCCCCAGGAGCCAGCAGCAUUUUGGGACUUGAAGCAUCUGGACACGUGGCAGAGCUGGGGCCUGGCUGCCAGGGGCACUGGAAGAUUGGGGACCCAGCCAUGGUUCUGCUGCCCGGCGGGGGCCAGGCUCAAUAUGUCACUGUCCCUGAAGGGCUCCUCAUGCCCAUCCCGGCAGGACUGACCCUGCCCCAGGCUGCAGCCAUCCCAGAGGCCUGGCUCACUGCCUUCCAGCUGUUACAUCUCAUAGGAAACAUUCAGGCUGGAGAAUCUGUGCUAAUCCACGCAGGAGCAAGUGGUGUGGGCACAGCUGCCAUACAGCUCACCCGGAUGGCAGGAGCUACUCCUCUAGUCACAGCUGGCUCACAGCACAAGCUUCAAAUGGCAGAAAAGCUUGGAGCAGCUGCUGGAUUCAAUUACAAAGAAGAGGAUUUUUCUGAAGCCACACUGAAAUUCACCAAAGGCGCUGGAGUCAACCUUAUUCUAGACUGCAUAGGUGGAUCCUACUGGGAGAAAAAUGUCAAGUGCCUGGCUCUUGAUGGUCGCUGGGUUCUCUAUGGUCUGAUGGGAGGAGCUGACAUCAGUGGGCCUCUCUUUUCAAAGCUGCUUGCUAAACGAGGAAGUCUGAUCACCAGUCUACUGAGAUCUAGGGACAAAAAGUACAAGCAAAUGCUGGUGAAGGCUUUCACAGAACAAAUUCUGCCCCACUUCUCCACCGAGGGCCCCCAACGUCUGCUGCCGGUUCUGGACAGAAUCUGCCCCGUGACUGAAAUCCAAGAAGCCCAUGUGUACAUGGAGACUAACAAGAACGUGGGCAAAAUCGUCCUGGAGCUGCCCCACUGAAGGAGGAGGGGGCACGGACAGCACAGGACACGGCUAUCUCAAGCCUUCCCAGAGCAAACUUGGGGAAGAUUCACCGUACGCAGGCAAGAGACCCGGUGUUACUCCGGGCCCGCGUGUAACCCACCGGUUCUCCCCCGGCCUCGUCACGUGAGCCGUGUAUAGCCGGUCUAAGGAAAUAAAGAGAAUGGAUUUGACAGGUGGCCGGCUCACUAUGGACGGCCCCAGCGCGCG